GCGUCAUCUGAUCAAUCAAUGUUAAAAUUUUCUUUUGCGUUCUGGCCGACCACGUGUGACAAAUUUUUCAAAUAUUAUUUUAUACUGUUGUAUAAAUAGUGUAAAAACAAAAUCAUGGGCUUUUCACCAGCCGGCGGUGGCGGCGGCGGUUUUAGAGGAGGUGGCCGUGGAGGUUUCGGAGGUGGCCGUGGUGGAGAUCGAGGAGGCAGAGGACGAGGCGGUGGUCGUGGAGGUGGAGGUCGUGGAGGAUUUGGUGGCCGUGGAGGUGGUGGUGGCACACCUCGUGGUCGUGGAGGUUUUGGCGGACGUGGUGGGGGUGGUGGCGGUAGAGGAGGUAGAGGAGGAGGAGGCUUUAAAGGUGGAAAAACCGUCGUUAUAGAGCCCCAUCGUCAUGAAGGUGUCUUUAUUGCAAGAGGAAAAGAGGACGCGCUCGUUACUCUUAAUUUGGUUCCUGGUUCCGAAGUUUACGGCGAAAAGAGAAUAAGUGUCGAGGUUGAAAAUGGCGAAAAAAUUGAAUACAGAGUCUGGAAUCCCUUCAGAUCAAAACUGGCCGCUGCCAUUCUCGGUGGUGUUGAUCAAAUACACAUGCCACCUGGAAGCAAAGUUUUGUACCUUGGAGCAGCUUCUGGAACUACAGUAUCACACGUUGCGGAUGUCGUCGGUCCUGAGGGAUUAGUUUAUGCAGUCGAGUUCUCCCACAGAUCGGGUAGAGAUUUAAUAAACGUAGCAAAAAAGAGGACAAAUAUCAUUCCCAUUAUCGAAGACGCGAGACAUCCUCACAAGUACAGAAUGCUCAUUGGUAUGGUUGACACGAUAUUUGCCGAUGUUGCACAACCAGAUCAAGCCAGAAUAGUAGCUCUGAACGCUCAAUACUUUCUGAAAAAUGGAGGACACUUUGUGAUCUCAAUCAAGGCGAGUUGUAUUGAUUCCACUGCACAACCGGAAGCCGUUUUCGCUGCAGAGGUGAAGAAACUCGUUAGCGACAAGUUGAAACCCCAGGAACAAAUCACCCUCGAGCCCUACGAACGUGAUCACGCAGUUGUUGUUGGUUCAUUCAGGCCGCCAGCGAAGAAAGCUGAAUAAAUUGCUCUGUAUAGUUCCGCGUAGGUGAUAAUUAUUACUAAAUAUUAAUUACCGAUAUAUUUUUCCAUGAAAUGAUUUUUCUAUGAAGCAUUGGCACUUGUUGAGGAGUCUUGCUGCUGAGGGAAACCUUGGAGAUAGUUUUUACUAUCAGUGUAAAAGAGCAUAUCGGAUAAGAACACAAGAAUAUUGAAUCGAGGUUUAGUUUUUUAGCUUUAAAUGACUUGUUUUGAAUUACAAAAUACUGUUUUUUGUAUAAUAGUACAUAGUUGACUUCAUUAUAGAAGUGUCUAUCAACAUUCUGAGAACGAGAAUCACGAGUAUUUUUUAUUGUUAGAAAUCGUGUGUGCAACUGUCGUUAAUCACACGCAUCACGUCAUUUUACUUUAUUCCGAGAAAUAAAGAUCACUGAAAUUUA